ACUGAAGACAAAAAAACAAAGACAAAACAUGACUCUGUGUUCUGUUUAAGUCUUCUAUAGAGGACAUUUUAGGCAUCCAUAAGUUUUGAGAUCGAUUCAUUGAUUGGUUUGUUUGUUUGUUUGUUUGUUUAUCAAACAAAUGAAUCAUACAAGUAAAAUGAGAGUCAAAGCUAAUUAGAGAACUGACUUACAGUAAAAUCCCAGCUGUUUUACACAGAUAACACAUCUUGUAGAAACAUUAGUCACCAAAGCAACGUGUGAAACUAAUAACUUGCCUGUUUUUGUUUGUAUUUGUUCUGUAGCCAAGUUAGCCAUUUGCGUCCUUGUCAAAUCGCGCGCAGUUUCGACCAGGAAAUGACGUAGUGUUGUUUUGAUUGGUUGACACAAUAGGGGCGGUUGCGUCCAGAUACGUCAACCGUGCUGCCAUCUUGGAGAGGGCAACUUUCCAUGAUGAGCUCGCUGAGUUGAUUCUCAUCGAACGAAACCAGCUGGCAGCUAUGUUGUUCCUAAGGCAACCCAAAGCUUACCUAAGUUGGUCUUGUAAGAAGAUCAGAGCGUGAAACGGAAAGUCAGGUGGGAUCACCUGGUCUGGCAGCAUGGGUUAUGAUGUGGAGCGUUUUGUGGGCUACGUGAACGAAGGCUUGUUAUGCUGUGUGUGUCGUGACGUGUUGGAGGAUCCUCUACAGGCUCCAUGUGAGCAUGCUUUCUGCAGUACCUGCAUUCACGCCUGGCUUGUGAACCAUCAGAACUGCCCCGAGGAUCGACUCUCUCUUAGCAUCGCAAACCUGCGGCCGCUCUACAGAUAUAUGCGGAAUGACUUGGCAAGGCUCCAGAUGAAGUGCAUGUAUCGCCCACAAGGUUGUGAGGUCAUUUGUGCGUUGGAGUCCAUACAUCAGCAUGAGGAACAGUGUUUCUUUGCUCUGUUUAAUUGUAGAAAUGCUGGGGAGGAGUACUUGUGUUACCGCUGUGGUUGUCCAGUGCAGGUAUCUCAGCAUUCUCUGGAGGCACACUUGUGUGUGUGUGAGUCCCACAACAGAGUGUGUGCACGAGGGUGCGGACACACGCUAUCAGACACAGACGAGGCUCAGCACAACUGCGUCUCUGAGCUCCGAGCCGAGCUAGAUUUGCUGAGGACUGAAUUGGAUUGUAAGGUCGAGGAAGUGAGACGUGAGAUGGAGUCCCGGCUGGAUGCUCAGAGGAGACACAUGGUACAGAAGGAGAGCUUACUGAAAAACGAGGUGGAUGAGCUCAAGGGCCAGCUGUCACGUGUGGUGUCUGACGUGUGUGCAUUACUGGGAGCAGAGCGAACUCGCAGGCAAGAGCUGGAGAAGGCCGAGCUUGAGAAAGCAGAGCUUCUCGAACGGUUGAAGAACGAGGUUCUUAAACCAGGCAGGGCUUCUCAAACGGUGACACGUCAAGAUGAGGAGCAUCGUAAGCAAAACCCACACAGCCUAACUUUAGACUGCCUCAAGAGGAAGAGUAGAGACGUCACGGUUCUCUGAAAACCAGCACACAUGACUGCAUAACCAGUUUGUGGUCCGGCAAACUGCCAAAUCCUUGUUGCAGAUACUGUACAUGCUGCUAACCAACUCAAAUUCAACUGCAUUUUUUUGUAGAGUUUUUUUUUUUACCCAAAAAUUAAGGUUGAGGUGAUCAUAUAAUCUGAGUAGUCUUAUAAAAUGUCCAAGUAUUGUCCGAAACAGAUGAAAUAAUUAGGCACUUUUGAAUAUUUUCAAAAUGAUUUAUUUCACAUUAACAUUCCAACUACUUUCUCUAACUGACUCACAAUACUUUGCAAAUGAUUUUUCAUAAUGUCUUUGUUGGAAAACAGCACUUCAUAGCACACAGCUGCAUAGAAAAAUGUACUCUUUUGAAUUCCGGCGAUUGAAAUGUCAGAUUUAAAAGAUAUUAAAACACGAGUGGAUAUUCACAGAAUUUUAAUCAGUUUUUGACAGAAAAACGCAACAAAUAUAACAUUACAAUAAAUCCAUCUACUGAUUCUCCA